AUGGACGCAUUUGAGCAGAUGGAGUUGCAGAGGCAACGCGAGGCUCGGCAGAGAAUAGUGGAACGUUUCCUCCGGCUGAUCCUGGUGGGAUUUGUUUUGGAUGCUUUGAAAGGCUCAGGAGAGGAUAGCACCAAGGAGGAUAAGAAAAAGAAAGGUAACAGUAAGAGCUCGGCCGGGUCCGAGGGUCUGAGCGUGAAGUCCAUCAAAGAGAAGGCCAACACGUAUGGUGGGCCAGCCGUGAUGUUUGCCUUUAUCGUUGCAAUGCUAGCAAUUCGUGCAGCUGAGGAAGGCUACCAUCCUGCUGACCAUGAUGAGCAUGAGUUCAACUACUACGAGGUCAUGGGCUUGACCAAAGGAGUAGAUCAGAUGGAGAUCCGCAAAGCGUACAAGGCGCUUGCCCUCAAGUAUCAUCCUGACAAGAAUCCUGACUGCUCAGAGUGUGCUGAGAAGUUUGGGAAGAUCUCCAAGGCAUAUGAUCAUGUGGGGGAUGAGAACACCUGCAGCCGUGAUGGAGCUGUCAGGAAGGUAAUACAAAAGGUGGGGAAAGGCUUGGAGCGACCUGGACAGAAUGACAUCGUCACUCUGCGCUUCUCGACAAUUCAACUGGAUGGCUCUGAUAAUCCUCCUGGUUCCGGCUCCACAGAGAGUCCUGAAGAUGAUGUUGUCACAGUGGAGAUGGGUGACAAUCACCUCCCCUUGGCUGUGGAGUUUGCCGUGAAGCACAUGCGUGUCGGAGAGGUGGCUGAAGUCCGAGCCCCUGCGGUCUACAGCGCCGUGACCUCCCCGCUCUGCGGGCGCAGCUUGCGGACCCAACCGGGGGUUCUGCCCAAGACGGACAAGGUGAAAAGGAGGCAUCGCUUCCUGCCGGCAGCGCCACGUGCCAUCUCGGAGCAGGCAAAGAAGGAUCUUUUGAACUUUCGCAAGGCAAAGCAAGAGGCCACUGACAAGGGAGAAACUUUGGCUGCCACUUCGCCGCCGAUGUUUCGUGCCCGCGUGGAACUCCUGGGCAUGGUUUGCAUCUUGGCCUUGACGGAGGAUCGCAGCGUCACCAAGAGGAUCCUCCAAGUGGGAUCCUCUCGGCGCCAGCCACGAAAAGGUGAUGUCGUGACCUUCUCCUACUGCCUUGAGGGUGAAAGAGACAGGAGUGAAACCUGCACUCUGACCUUGGGCGAGGACAAGCUCCCAUUCAGCGGUCUAUAUCAUGUCCUCCUCUCUAUGAAGGAGGAAGAACGUUGUCUUGCGCGGCUAAGCUCCGCUGCAGCUUUGCCUGAGGACUCGGGAGAGGCUGAUCCUCCACAGAGAAGCUUGGAGGUGAGCCUUUUGCGCUGGCGAAGACGCGACCUACUUCCAGUUGGGCCGGAGGUUGAGGCUUCAGCGCAGAAUGGAGGUGCUGCAUCGUGCAUGCUGAAGACUGAGAUCCAUCAGGGCCCAGAAAGAAGGAGCCAUGACAUUGAGGCUGGAAGCAUGGUUUUGGCAGCCUUGGCGGCAGGUGGAGGCAAAGCUUCUCUCCUGUCCUGGCGCAUGGGGGAAGGGGCUGUACCUGGGUAUUUGGACGUCGCUGCCGCAAGCAUGCGCUUCUGUGAGAGCGCAGCCUUUGAAGCGUCCAAGUCAGUGCAGUCCUGUCGGCCAACAGGCCCAAGCUAUCAGGGGCAGACGCCGUUGCGAAAGCUCCUUGUGGAUGAACUCGAGCCAUGGCUGAGUGACUUGCUGAAUGUAGAGGCAGAGGUGGUGCUGGCGCGUGGUGAUGUGAAUGAAGAGUCGCCCAAAGAAGGUGCUCCACACCUCUUGCCGAUCCCAUCAGACUGGAUGAUGCAGGGAGAAGUCAUCAGUUGGAGCGACGUCAGCCUGCCAGAUGACGGAAGAUUUAAGCUGGUCUUGCUGGCGGCGACCGAAGCUGUUGAUUUGUGCUUGCUGGAGGAGGAGGGGCAGUUACAUUUUCUGGAACUGGAGAGGGCCCAUGGCAACGCACUUGCGAAGGUCGGCCGCUUUGAAGAAGCGUCCGAAGCAUAUCGAAGAGCACUUGAUGCCGUGCGGCGAAGUCCCCUAUACAAGGCGCUUUUCCCGACAGAACGGGGCCACAUUCAAGGAGCCUAUAUUCGGGAAGCGUGUGAAGGUGAACACCCACUCCAGAAGAUGUCAGAAGAGGAGGCCUCGACAAGACGCGGCCAACUGGUUGCAUUGCACCUGAACCUCUCCCUUUGCGCUACCAAGGCUGGCCUUUUUGCACUUGCGAGACGGCAUGCAGAGACUGCAUUGGGUGCGGAGCCGGAGAACGCCAAGGCUCUUUUUCGACGUGGUCAGGCUGCAGCAGGACAAGGCGACUACGAGGAUGCAUUGAAGGACCUCCAAAGGGCCGCUGAGCUGAUGCCGCAGGACCGGGGUAUCCGAUCCGAAAUCCAGGCAGUGCAACGUGACCUCCGGGCGCACCGCGAGGCUUACGACUCAGGGCGCAGAGCAAAGAAGAGCCUUGAGUCGCAAUCGUCCGUGGAACUUGGCCUGGAUGACUUCGAGACACAAGUCCUUCGGUCCAACGAAGUAUGGUUUGUGCAAGCCUACGACCCCAACGAUGGGAGCUGCAAGUCGUUUGCCACCGGAUGGGAGGAUGUGGCACAUACCUAUGGAGAGUUUGCAAGCUUCGGCCGGCUAGAUGUCACGAAGGGAGAGCUGAAGUCUUUGCUGCCCUUCAAGCCUGUCCUCUUGCCAGUGGUCUUCAGAUACGCCAGGGGCAUGCCAGUUGAGCACUGGAUGUUCUCAGAGAGAAUGGCACGGCAGGAGGAUAGUGCUGGAGGUGGCAAAGCUCUCAUGAACUUUAUGGAGGGACACUUCCCAGAGUUCCACCGGCAUCACGAUGCUGCAGAGCUGAAGCGAUGGUGGAGCUCGAGCGAGCCUCGCAUUUUGGUGGUUGGCCCCUCAUCCAGCAGCCUGGCGGCGAAGGCCAAGGACUUCAUGCCAGUCUUCCGCCUGGCACAUGUUUGGGAGGAAUUCUUUGACAUUGCUUCUGCUGAUGCACAGGUGAUGGUAGAGGUGCUUGGGUCUGACUUUGCCUUUGAGCGAGGCCAGACAUGGGCAUUGGUGCUGAGAAGUUCUAGUGGUGCUAUCACCAAGGAACACGUCCGCAAUGUGAGGGAUAUGGCUCCCUUGAUUCAGGACUUCAUUUCCGAAGAGAUUCAGCGUCAGGCGCCCGUGGCCACCGUCCGGAACUACCAACAGCUUUGUGGUGAUAAAGCACUAUCUCAGGGUACGAGCAAGACGUAUUGCUUAAUCCUGGUGGAUGCCAGCACCGAGGAUACCGUGAAAGCUUUGCGUGAGUUAGAGUCCUCGCAGAAGGCCUACUACCAGGAGGUGCAAGAGCUGAGAAAUACUGGCGAAGAUUCGGAGGAGCCUUUCAGGAUUCAGCCCAUACGUGUGGCAUCCUCUAGUUCCAGAUUGCCUUGGAAGCCAGCAGCACCUGGGCCCAGCUUUGCCAGCAUUUGGGCUGAGGCUUCGGAGGCACGAGUUUUUGUCUUGGAGAUGGAGACCCGAAAAUUUGCAGCGGUGAAAACUCCCAGCUUGAAUGAGAUCUUUCAAAACAUCGCAUACGAGGACUUGAAACUCGAAGACUUGCAUGAUGAAGGGCCACCUUUGUCACGGCUUUUCUCUGAUCCAGAGACCACAUUGCGACGCGAAGUGAGCGCAUUCCUCUCCACUAGCCGCGGAGCGAUUUGUGCCUACGUGCUUGUGGCUUUGGUGGUGUCUGUGGCACCAGAGUUGGAAUUGUUGCAACUGGCAGUGCCGAUGGUGAUACUGGUUCUGGUGAUGAUGCUCGCCUCUCCAACUUUGUUCAGGAAAGUCAUUAGCAUUUUUUUGGUGCACGAUGAGCUCGUCCCGGAUGGAAUGCCAACGCAACUUCUAGAUGAGGCUGCAGAUGCCGUUUUUGGAGACUGUGAGCCGCCCCCAAGUGUGUUGACAAGAGCCACGGUGUCAUCAAUGGCCCUGAGCAGAGAAGAUGCUAUUGGGCACUUCAGCUCGCUCCGGGGCAUGUGA